CUCGUUACAUCGUCAACUCAGUUCCCGAUCUCGUGUCGCGGCCGUUCUGUUCGUUGCACGUUCGCUGAAUCCAAGGAAAAUAAUCAACGAUCAGCAAGGAUCAGACAUCGUUCAGCGACGUUACAUACAGUUAGUGCUGGAUACGAUAGUCAGCAUCGCAGAUACAAUCGUUGCUGGUGAUUCUCAGACAAAGAAAUUGGCAGUUCCAAAAUGCAGAAGUUCUCACUGACGUGCCUCGCAUUUACCAUUGCCGCACUCAUAGUUGCGGAGUUAUCGAGUGGACAACCUACGAAUUUAAGCAAGCACAACGGAACGGAAAUCGGAGGUUUGUUAUCCUGUCCACAUUCUGUGGACAAAGUCGGCUGUAUACCCACUUUAGAUAGGUGCGAUUAUGUUGCUACGCCAGGCCUAGGGGCGCACAAGGUUCAUAAACGUCAUGUGACGUGGAACGAAGCGCGAAAGAUCUGCUUGAUGGAAGGAGCUCACUUGGCCAUCUUAGAUUCUGCGAGCGAAGAAGCCCUGUUCAAAGACUGGAUGAAUGAAGCGCACUUGGAUCGUAUCUGGUUAGGUUUUCACGAGUUGUUUGAGGAAGGGUCCUGGACAACUGUGACCGGCGAGUUGGUCGAUACGAUGAGCUAUCAUCCAUGGGGUGACAAUGAACCCAAGAAUUUAGACGAUAUACUGCAGUGUGCAUUCCUAUGGAAUGAAUAUGCUGGGGCUAACGGCAGCUACUGCAAGAUGAAGUAUUCGUUCGUCUGCGAAAUCAAUUUGUGUUAUUCUUCAAAUCCCUCUCCUGUUCAGAAUGAUACUUAAUAUUUCCAAAUCAUGAUGAAUAAUAACAGUACAUAGAAUAUAGAAUUAAGAGGACGUUACAAUAUAAUACAUACAAUAUGGAAUCAAUUUAAAUGUACGAGAAAAUAUAUGGAAUAUAGGGAAAUAAAUAAAAACUAGAAAACAAUGGGUAA